CUGAUGUACAUAUAUGGUCCCUGCAAGUCCGCAACAGACGUGCCCAAGAAAAAUCACCAUUCUCGGAAGCUUUAAAUACUCUUUUGGACCGAAAGUGACACUGCUUUCUCUCUCUCUAUCUCUACCCUGUAGGCGGCUCCAAAAUUUUAAUUUUGCACUUGAGUUUGAACUCUGUUCAUUAAACCCAUAAACCCUAAAUCACCUUUUUCUCUCUCCUCUCUGCUCAACAAUGGAGUCUUCAUUAGGGCAAAAAAACAAACACCGCGAAUUCACCUUAGCUUCAUUCUCUUCCCUUCCUCUAUCUUCCUCAACUGCAUCUCCUUCUUCGCCUUCUAUCGCUAGGUUUCAUAUCGAUUCUGGUGUUGCCGAGCUUCGGAUUUUUAAUGAUUCAGAAAGCAGUAAUUCUACAAAUGUUGAUCUUCACAUGGCUCAGUUGUUUAAAGUUGGUCCAGUUGAAUCAAUUUGCAUAAGUGAAGAUUCUGAAACCGAUAAAGAGGAGUCAUACUCGAAGGGCGUCACCAUACAAUUCAGGAACGAGGAGGAAAGCAAGGCCUUUCAUUGUGCAUUUGAACAAUGGAAGAAAGAAGCAGACUGCGAAGAAUCAAAGUUGCCAAAUGGGGUAGUUUCAGCUCGUAGGAGCAAAUUCGAUUCCAAGACAGAGGCAUCUUCUGCUAAAAUGUACUUCCAUUAUUAUGGGCAACUGUUACAUCAGCAAAAUAUGAUGCAGGACUAUGUGAGGACAGGAACCUAUUUUGCUGCUGUUAUGGAGAAUCGUGUGGAUUUUAAUGGGAAAGUGGUGGUUGAUGUUGGGGCCGGUAGCGGUAUUCUGUCAUUAUUUGCUGCUCAGGCUGGAGCAAAGCAUGUUUAUGCUGUAGAAGCAUCUGAAAUGGCGGAUUAUGCACGUAAGCUUAUUGCGGGCAAUCCAUUUUUGGCUGAUCGAAUAACGGUCAUAAAAGGCAAGGUUGAAGAAGUGGAGCUGCCCGAGAAAGCAGAUAUAUUGAUUUCUGAGCCCAUGGGCACAUUAUUGGUUAAUGAGAGGAUGCUGGAAUCUUAUGUUAUUGCACGGGAUCGGUUACUUGUUCCUAAUGGAAAAAUGUUUCCUGGAGUAGGAAGAAUACAUAUGGCACCAUUCAGCGAUGAAUAUCUGUUCGUUGAAAUUGCUAACAAGGCACUCUUCUGGCAGCAGCAAAAUUAUUUUGGGGUGGAUUUGUCCUCGUUGUAUGGAUCGGCAUUCCAGGGUUAUUUUUCACAGCCUGUGGUAGAUGCUUUUGACCCAAGGUUACUUGUCGCACCAUCUUCAAGUCAUGUGCUAGAUUUUUCUUCCAUUAAGGAGGAGCAGUUAUAUGAAAUUGACAUCCCAUUAAAAUUUACAGCGACAGUGGGCACAAGAGUGCAUGGGUUAGCUUGUUGGUUUGAUGUUUUGUUUAAUGGAAGUUCUGUCCAGAGGUGGCUUACCACCGCACCUGGUUCACCAACUACACACUGGUACCAAUUACGCUGCGUUUUGUCACAACCUAUCUAUGUCAUGGCUGGACAAGAAAUUACCGGCAGUCUUCGCAUGGUCGCCCACAAUAAUCAGAGUUAUACCUUAUAUCUUACAUUGUCAGCUAAAAUGUGGGGAGUUGGCGCUGAGCAAGGGGGAAUCCUACAGACUUCUUCUGGAAAGAUGGAACUUAAGGAACCCUACUACAGAAUGUCUCAGCCGCAAAUACAACCUCAGGCCUAUGCAGGUCAAGAUCAGCAACCACAACAGCUUAUGCAGCAGCAGGAUAUGAACAUCCAGUCACUGGAUAUUGAAGGAGCUGAGUUGUUACAACAAGAGUUGGAAAAUGCAGUUGUUCAAAUCCAGUAGAUAAUGCAGAAAACCCGAAAGCCUCAAGGAGGUGGUCCUUAGAAGUCCGUUCUGCGAAACACUAAAGGGCUAUGGGCUAUAUAUUCAUUCUGUUGUAUCAUAGAAUGCUACCUUCCUCGGUGCUCAAGGUCUCUCCACUGUUCUGCCAGCCAUGGUCCAGUGCGGGUCAGACCCCACUAAAUUAUGAUAUUCUUUGUUAGUGAUUUAGAAUCUGAUAUAGUAGAAUAUCAGCUUAGAGCAGGGUAAAUUAUCAACUUGAUACAAGUUUUCGGUGUUGCUCAUAUAUUUAUUUGGCAAUUCGAUCUAGCUGUUUGCCUCAAGUGUUCAAUUGAUUCUUGGGUUGAGCAAUUCAAAAGGCAAUACUAAGGGCCUAUUUGCUA